UGUAAAGGAUUCGAAUAGCUAGAGUUCGGAUUAUCUGUUUUUGAAGUUACUUUCGAGGUUCUGAAAAUAGGCAUUUUAAAUUUUACUAUCGCGAAUUUCCAUUUAAAAUUGAAAGUGAGCAAGAUAAUUUUCUAAGGCAGUCCUUAGCAUACUCAUUCCUGAAAAAAUUCCAAAGUAUUUUUGUUUUGAGUAAGAUCGAAUUUAAAUAUUUCAAGAUGUUAUGAUUUUCAUUAGGUGGUUAUUUUCUAUCUGAAUCAUAAUAUCGUAACAUUAGAAUUUAUUUAUAAAGUUUAAAAUGGUAUGACAGAGUUUUAUAGUGAGUUAAAGUAAAUCGUAAGACUCAAUAAAAUGGUAAAAACAGUGCUUCUUAAGACUUAUCACAUUACAAUUCAAAAGAAACAUAUUUUUUCUAAAAGCUUUGUGAAUUUUUAAUUAUUAAAGUAUUUAAAAAAAAAGUCAAUUACAAAACCAACAAAAGUUAAUUUUUCACAAAAGAAUCAUUUACGAUAGAUUUUGUUUCGGAAUACAGCUCAAAUCUUUCCAAUGUAGAAACAUAAAAACCUGUUAAUUUGCGUACAACUUCCAAAAUCAAAGUUUGAUUUUGAAAAAUUGAAGUUAAACUUUAAGCUAGGAAUUGCAGUUUGGAGAGAACCGAAACUCUCCAUAAGUUGCAACUCCGCAGUGCCUACUUCGACUCUCUUGCUGCCGAUGCCGCAGCUUGCGUCGCUGCCGCGUUUUGCGUCGACGGAGGCAGAGACGUCGACUGCGCCGCAGAGCAAAACUGAAUCAGAAGAAGAAAAGUCGAGGAGUCGUGUCGAGAUCGAAGCGCCGAACGGAACGAAACGAACGGAACUGAACGGAAGUGCAGUGCAAAGCGGAAACGGAAGCUGGAGCAGUAUUCCCACUUAGUGCUUGGCACGCACACAGGCUUACUCGCACACACACUCUCUACCGAACUCACACGCACGCACACACGUGCGUUUGGCGGGUUCCCCUUUUAUUGUUAUUUAUAAUUUACAAAACGCGUGCUGCAAGCGAUCGACUUUUUUUGCAAAUUUUUUUAACGUGCUCUCUUUUUAUAUACCAAAAAAUACAAAACACAAAAAAUAAAAAAAAAAAACAAAAUAUAUAAAAUAAUAAACAACAACCCAAUACAGCAGCGAGAACAACAACGUGCGGUGUUGUGAGCUUGCCACAAAAUCAAAUGAAAGUCCAACCGCAAAGUAAAGCAAAGAGAAAGUCGACAAACGUGGCAAUAUGCAGUGCGUGUGCAUAGAAAAACCAGAUAUACAGCGGCCACAGGGUAAAGUACUUUGGACAAGUGAAAAAUCCCUCAAACGCCAGUGAAAAUCGAAGGAAAAACCAACACAACUGCAUACGCAAAGAAAAUCGCUGGAAAACCGGACAAAAUGUUUGGCAGCCAAAGUGGCUGCCUUUGAGGCUGACACGAAGACCUUUUUUAAGAAAAAAGCCUACAGGAACUAAAAAACUUUCAAAUUAUUACGAGAAUCUUCUAUAUUUGAAACAUUUUCAAAUUCAAAUUUAAAUAACUUUAUUCUUAAUAACCUAAUUGAUAAUUAAUUACAUAAUAGUAAACAAUGCUCAAAUAGACUGAAAUAGAGUCCAAAUAUAUUACGAAAGUAAAAUGCAAUUAAUUCAACAUAUCAUAUAAAUUAAUUAGAACAAAUUGCAUUUAAGUUAUUAACAAAGCAAAAGCAAAACCAAACAAGCGAAUAAUAAUUACACAAAAACAAAGGCCAGCAAAACCAAUGAACAAAAGUCAAAAAUACACAGAAAAAAGCAAUAAUUAAGUGAACAAAAAGAGAUCAAAGUGUAAAAAGUGUGUGGUGGCUCCAUCGCGAAGAACCAACAACCUUUAUUAUACUGUAUAAUUCAAUUCAUUUUAAAUUCGCCGUUUAGUUCGCGUUCCAAGUAAAUUCAAUACACAAUAAUGUUAAUUCCAAAAGCCAGAAGUGCGGCGACAUAAAUGGACCAUCAAUCGUAGAGGCAGCCGAAAAGAAAUCAAGAUCGUCGAGUGUCUAUGAGGACAGCUGAAAGUAUUUUGUUUUUUUUUUUUGGGGGCGUGGCUCCAACUGUCCCACGCCGACUCGCACGCACGCCCACAGGAGCAAGUGAGACGGCAGACGCUAGUGCGAAAGAGAGGGCGAGGCAGAUGUGCGAGCGGCGGUGAGUGAGCGGAUUCGGAUUUCGGAUUCCGGAUUCCGGGGGCGGAGUAGGCGGAAGUGGCGCAGAAGGACGCAGGACGAAGACCAUGGAUUGGACUCGGUGGCAAAUGGCCAGAGAAAGAGCUGGCAACCCUGGACAAGUCAGGAACAACCCUGGGCGCAAGGAUUGCGAUCGCGAGACCCGAUUGGAGUGGUUGCCCAUUUGAUUCGUUGCGGCUUCACACGUAGGUUCUAUCAGUCAGUCAGUCAGUCAGUCAGUCAAUCAAUCAGUCAGUCAGUCAGUCACACACUCAAUAAAUCAAUCGUGCCACAGUGCUCGAUUGUCGUUGUCCCCCCACAUCAUCAGUUAAAAAACAGAAAUACAAUAGCAAGCAAUCAAGACAUGCACAUUAUUGUAAAUACUCAAAACUCAAAACUAGUUUCAUAAAAGUAAAAACAGAUAAUCAAAAACUCAAAACCGAAAAAAAAAAAACAAAAUAAAAGUGCAGUGUUCAGUGUUCAUCGAAGGAGGAAAAACGGACGGCAGAGGAAAAUCGAGUGGGAAAAAUACCAAAAGUGAGAGGGCGGCCAAGGGCUGCCCCGCAACAACUAAAAACCAAAACAAGAAAAAAAUCAACGAGAUCAACAACUUAAAUCGACAAAAGCAACAAAAACAACAACAACAACAACAGCAUAACGCCCCCAACACUGCCAAUGCCAUUGCCAUUAUCAAGAUCAACGUUCGUUCAUCAUCGUUCGUUUAGAUUUGACACAAGGUUCUAUCACGCAAACUAAAGCCACAUCUUGUUGCGGACACCGUUAAGCAGUAUAUAAGUCGGGCCCAACGCACAACCAAAAAGGGUUCUCAAGAGCAGCAAAAUAUGGAGUUUUUACGCGGCGUCUAUGCGUUUAUGCAAGUGAGUAGAUCAUCGGUGUCUCAUGUCAAAAUCGAUUCACCUGUUUUUCGCCUGCACACCAACGCAACGGUUAUAUUACUGAUCACAUUCUCGAUUGCUGUGACGACGCGGCAGUACGUAGGAAAUCCCAUAGACUGUGUACAUACAAGAGACAUUCCCGAAGAUGUUCUCAACACAUAUUGUUGGAUACACUCAACGUAUACAGUGGUCGAUGCGUUUAUGAAGAAGCAAGGUUCCGAGGUGCCUUUUCCCGGAGUUCACAAUUCACAGGGCCGCGGGCCUCUUACAAUAAAGCACACAAAAUAUUAUCAAUGGGUAGCGUUUACACUAUUUUUUCAGGCAAUCUUAUUUUAUACACCAAGAUGGCUGUGGAAAUCUUGGGAGGGUGGCAAGAUUCAUGCGCUCAUCAUGGACUUAGACAUAGGCAUUUGUUCCGAAGCCGAGAAAAAACAAAAAAAGAAAUUACUUUUAGAUUAUUUGUGGGAAAAUUUAAGAUAUCACAAUUGGUGGGCGUACAGAUAUUACGUGUGUGAGCUGCUCGCCCUUAUAAAUGUGAUAGGUCAAAUGUUUCUUAUGAAUCGAUUUUUCGAUGGCGAAUUUAUGACAUUUGGCCUGGAUGUGAUAGAUUAUAUGGAGACCGAUCAGGAAGAUCGCAUGGAUCCGAUGAUUUACAUAUUUCCCAGAAUGACCAAAUGUACAUUUUUUAAAUAUGGUUCAAGUGGGGAGGUGGAGAAACACGACGCCAUUUGCAUUUUACCAUUAAACGUUGUUAAUGAGAAGAUUUACAUUUUCCUUUGGUUUUGGUUUAUAUUAUUAACGUUUCUCACAUUAUUAACGCUAAUAUACAGGGUGGUUAUUAUAUUCUCACCUCGAAUGAGGGUCUACUUAUUUCGUAUGCGAUUUAGGUUAGUGCGUCGUGACGCUAUUGAAAUAAUCGUUCGUCGUUCGAAGAUGGGCGAUUGGUUUUUGUUGUAUUUACUAGGUGAAAACAUAGAUACAGUUAUAUUUCGUGAUGUUGUACAGGACUUAGCGAAUCGUUUAGGACAUAACCAACACCACAGGGUGCCUGGCUUAAAAGGUGAAAUACAGGAUGCAUGAUAUUGGGAGUAUUAGAAGCAAUACAAAAUGCAAUUUGUCGUCUCCAUUUAAAAACCAUCGAAAUCAACAACAUUUGUCAACAACAACAACAAAAACAAGACUAAGAAAGAAAAGCUACAACCACAAUGGAAUCUAGAGAUCUUCGCAGCAGCCGCUUCAUUCAAAGAACCCAACACACCGCUUAAAAAUCUUUAAAACAAAAAACGUAUCUUAAAAAUACAACCAAAAAAACUAUCGUCAGCGCAGUCAGUCAUAAAUCAGCCAGCAUUCUCAACCACAUUGACUAUGAUCGAUAGCCGGCUAGUCAGUCUAUCGAUAGUCGAUACAAACACAUCCAACCACAGCAGAGCAUUGAGCAAAAUAAUAUCGAAGCGGAAACGGAAAUGGACGGAAGCAGGGAGAAAUAUGGAGAAAAUAGGAAAACACCAACAACCACGCAACGAAAGUAAAUUUUUAAAUUCAAUGGCAAUUAAGUAAAGUAACAAGAAAAUGGAAAACGGAUAAAGAAAGGAAGGAAAGGAAGCCCUGGGACUUCCGGACAGGAUUCCCCAACCGAUGGCAAUUAGCGCCUGUCGUCGGCCAGGGAUCACAAGGUCACAAACCACGAAAGGAUCGCUUGGUAAUCAUCAGCGAUCAGCGACCCAUAGAAAAGUUGCCCCAAGGACAAGGUCAAAGUGUGAGAAGAAGAAGAAAAACAACAACAACAACAACCGAAGAAAGAACAGCAGCCAAAAUGGACAGCACCGGAAACGGAAACAGACACACACAAACACUGAAAACGCACACACACAGACGACAAAACACACACACUCACGCUUACAGCGACAUCACUCAUACGCCCCGUAGAACACAUCGCACUUUGCUUGUCACGCAGCGUUAACUAAACCAAACAUCAACAAAGUCGAGACGACGCCCGCGGAAAAUUGCAUUUCUGUAUAAACCCAAAAAAAAAAAAACGAGAAGAAGAAGAAGAACAACGAGAAAAUCAGCAUCACUUUCACCGAUGAGAAGCAGGAGUACCAUAAAAACGAUGCAACAAGAUCAAUAACAGCAAAACGACAGGCUGGGGAAGGAAAAGCAUCCCCGCCUCCCGAAAACAGCAAAAGAAAGUCAAGAAAAUCGCAAGUGGAAAUCGCAGAGAAGAGUAACAGUUUAAUUAAAUUAAAUUCAAUUCAAUUAAAUUACUUAUUACAAUGAUAUCUUGAAGUGUUCAUGUAUUCGAAUGUAGGUUAACUAAGUCAAGCAUACAAAUAAUUCUACAUAUAUAAUAUAUAUAUUAUAUAUAUAUAUAAACAUUUUUUUUCUAACUCUAAGCAUUUGUAUUACCCGCUAAACAAAUGAACAACAAAACAAAAACAAAAACGAAACGAACAAAAAAACAAAAACAAGGAAAAAAGCAACCAAAAAAAUGAAAACUGAAAACAGAAAACACAAUUUUUUGUAUACAGACGGAAAUGAAAAAUUGAAAACCGAAAAGAGCAGAUAGAGAAAUAAUAAUGAAGAAAACAAAGAACAGGAAAAAAACCGAGACGAAACGAACAGAAAAUAUCAGUAAAUAUCAAAGAAAGUUCAGAAAAUACCAUACCGAAUACCGAAAACCGAAACAAAAGAUACAUUUACAUAGUUUAAUUAGAAGAAACUAUAGCGCGCAUCAUUAUAUAACCGAAAACCGACCGAACAUAACGCAACUCCCACAACAAAGACAGACAGACGGAAACGGAUAUGUCUUAAGCUCACACACACACACACCAUACCAUACCAUACCACACCACACUCAAACACACACAGACACAGACACAAGCGUAUAUAGCAUGUAAAGCAUAUAUAUAUAUAUAUAUAAUUAUCGAUCGAUCAUUCAGCAAAAGAGAGCAGCCAACAUUCGCAGCAUAAAUCAAUUAACUCCACUAAUAAUAGAGCAUAUUCAACUCUCUCUCUCUCUUCGAAAAAAAUACGCCUAGUACUCAAGAGGAAAAUGCGAAAAGUCCCCGGGAAAAACGGGCGGGACACUCACACGCUUAACCAUAUGAAUCAAGUGUAAACAUAACGAUAAUAAUAUAAUACCGCUUGCGAUUUAAGUCCUUUAAGCGAGCGUUCAGUUUGGAGUUUGACAAUUCGCCAAGUCAAAAGGCAUUGCAGGUGGCCCUACAGUGAAACCUCCCGAUAACGGCCCCCCGCCAAGAGUUAGUCACCCAUCCACAAGUUCAUCAUGUGCUACAAAUCGUAAUAUCCGUCCAGAAAACCUUUUGAAGCGCACCUCCCACUCUCCACUUGGAGAUCCGAAUAACUUUUCCUUUUUGGAUCCUUCUGACUUCCGAAACCCCCAAGAAAUGGACCAAAGAACCAGUCACGCAGAUGCCUCAAAAGUUUUUCCCCCGUACUUCCCCAUCUCUCUAAGGACGACCAAAACACAGCCAGAAAAAGCCAAGCCAGAGAUGCAAAUCUAACAACAAAUGUCACUGCCAACAAACCAGUUAAAUCAAGUUAAAAUAGUUAAAGACCAUAUAAGAACUAAAUGAGUGGGGGGCUCCAUUUAAAAAAGUGAGGUUUUUUCGUGGGGUCAACUGCAAUACUGAAAGUAGUAGAGAAAAAGCGAAAGGAAUUACACCUCCCAAGAUUGUUCCUUGUCUCAGAAUCAGGAAUUGCUCAAAACCUGACUCCUUUCGGAAUUUACUUUGGAUUCAAAUCAUCUAAUUUGAGUGCUUUUUCCGUCUACUCACACUACUCAGCAUACUCAAAGACGCAUUACGAUUUAGAGGGAGGAGAAGUGGGUGUAAGGUUGAAGCGAAAAAACAAUAAAUGUAACAAUAAAUGGUAAUAAGUAAUUUUAGCGUAUUUUUUUUAACAGCUUAUAGCCAACUAAGUAACGUAAUUGUAAUUCUAGUUCAAACUGAACAUUUUUUGUCUGCGUUUUUUUUUUGUCGUGGAUUCGUAGGUUUAAGCCACUCACACAUACAGCCACAAACAACACCAACACACAGACACGCAAUAAGAGAGAAGGUAAACGAAAAGCAAAUGUAUAAAUAUCGAGGAUACUUACACUGUAAUUAUAGGGGGCGAAUAAGAAGGAAUACCAUACCAAAACGUAAGCAUAUUACAAGGAAAUUGCCAUUAGUCGAUAGUGUUAAAGCGAUACGUAUAUGAUCUACAUGCUAGGCUAAUGAAAAUUAAAAGAAAACAAAACAAAACAAAGAAAAGAAAAUGAAACGAAAACGAAACACAGAAUACUUAGUGUAGCUAAAGAUGGAAACUCUCGUAUCUCGUAACUUGUAACUCCAACUAAAAGCAAUUGUAAAAUAUCGUAACAGUACUAGGGGCGAUCGAACAAACAAACAAAGGCAAACGAACAACACGCAAGACUUUAUUUUUCAAAGUGUUUGCCGCAGAAUAUUAACUCGAGGAAUUCGAAUUGUACUAGCUGAAAUUAGAGGUUAAGAAGGACAUUUCAUAGACGCAAUCUUAGAAGCAAUAAGCACAGGCGGAAACGGAAACGAUAACAAAAACGGAAGUGGAAACAGGCAGAGCUAACUGUAACAUCGAUGACUUUUCACCACGUUUCACCACCUCCGGUACAGUUCUGUCCACUUCUCACCACACAGCACGGCACUUCUCUCUCUUUCUCACUCUUUUUUCCCGUCUCUCUCCCACUGAACUCUUUUUUUUUCUUCCCGUGGACUUAAAAAGCCUGUUUUCACCAAGAAAAAGUUUAAUUUGCCAUAUGUACAUAUUCGAUAAAAUGUGUGAACGGUGAGUUUACACUGAUAUUGUGUGUGCUAGUGCAGUCUAUAAAAAACUUUUAUCGAGCAAAACGUGUGCUAUUUCUCGUACAACUUCCGCUGUUAGUGAAAACAGGCUACAAAUCUGGUUUAUCUCAUAAAAAAUAUCUGUUUCUGUAAGAAUAUGACGAAUUUCUGUUAAAAAUAUUGUAUUUGUUUUUAGUGCCACAUAAUAUUAGUGAAUGUUUGUGUUUGUUUGUUCAUUUGUUUGUUUGAUUGUUCCCGGUCUGAAUUUGGUUUCUGCCAUAUUGUUUGUGUAUAUUUAUUAUGUAUUCUUUGGUGGCUAAGGUAAAGUUUUAGUUUUGUAACUUCUAUCGUACUUUCUCACUUAUUUGUUCUUUCGUGCAAUAAAAACGAGACUUGUAUA